AUGCUUCUUCGAUUAUGGUUUUCAAAAGAGCACUCCUCCGCCCUUUUUAACAUUUCAAACCGUGUCAAAGAGGUCGAUCGGAGACUUGAAGAAAUAAAAUAUCCAAAUGAGAUCUCUCGAUGUCCAAGAGCAUUAGAGUUUCACUUGAAAUAUUACAAGGCAUCGGAAUUGAGGUCAUUCCUACUCUCUUGUGGACUUCCUGUACUCCAUGGAAUACUUUCUGAUGAAUAUUUUCAACACUUCGCUCUUUUGAGCGAGUCAGUGUUUAUUUUGCUCCUAGACUCAAUAUCGGAAGAACAACUAGUACAUGCCGAGAGAAUGCUGUUUCAUUUUUGUUUAAUGAUGGGUCCAUUGUACGGAGAAAGAUAUGAAACAGCUAAUGUACAUUACUUAGUACAUCUGGUAGACAAUGUUAGAGCACUAGGGCCACUAUAGACACACAGUUGUUUCCAUUUUGAAGAUAAAAAUGGCUUCCUAUUAAAACUUGUACACGGAACACAAAAUGUUCAGUUCCAGUUGGUAACUGCUGUGUCCAUCAUUCAAAAACUGCCAAGUUUGGAAAAUGACAUUGAAAAAAGUACUGAAAAAGCAUAUAAACUUUACCAGGCGAUGCAAAGGUAUAAUUCAGGGACAAAUGAAACACUUCUGGACAGAGGCAUAUAUGCCAUCGGAUCAUUGAAGUAUUACAAUAUGACAGGGUCUGAAUUUGAAGCUCUAGUUAAGGCUUUAAACUAUGUUCCAACUUCAACCACCGUAAAAAUGUUUCAAAGAAUUCGUGUAGGGCGCACUACAAUCUAUCAUAGUGCAGAGUACAAAAGGGUCACAAGCAGAAAUUCAUAUACAGUGCUGUACAUGGAAAAUGGUAUUCUGCAGGUUGGAUAA